AUGGCCCCACAUGGUUCACCGAAAACCUUAGCAGUCGUCCUUGCAAUACUCAGCAUUCUCUUGCUCAGCCAAGUUGACGCUCAGAGCCCGUCCCGUCGCGGCCCACCUCCUUCUCGUCUCAGCCCGCCUCCACCCCCUCGCGGUCAACCUUCACGCCCUCGUCGCCCGCCACCACCCCCUCACCGUCCGCCUCCACCACCACCAAUGUCAUGUCCACCUUGUAUUUGUCCACUACCAUCCCCUCCACAGGACACCCCACCGUCGAUUUUGCCACCAGACACAUCACCACCUAAGACUAAUUCGCCACCCGAGAUUUCACCAAAUGAGACUCCACCACCGGAGAUUAUAGUGGAUCAUGAGAUUCCACCAUUGGAAAAUCCAGCACCCGGUAUUCCGCCACCCGAGAUUUCAUCCCCUGAGACUCCACCACCUAAUAUUACAGAUCUUGAGAUUCCACCACCAGAGAUUAUAGUAGACCCUGAGAUUCCACCAUUUGAGACACCAUUACCCGAGAUUUCAUCACCUGAGACUCCACCACCAGAUAUUAUAGACCCUGAGAUUCCACCAACGGAGAUUAUAGUAGAUCCUGAGAUUUCAUCAUCCGAAAAUCCAGCAGCCGAGAUUCCGUCACCAGAGAUUUCGCCACCUAAGACUCCACCACCUAAUAUUAUAAACCCUGAGAUUCCACCACCAGAAAUUAUAGUAAACCCCGAGGUUCCACCAUCUGAGACACCACCAUCUGAGGUUCCAUCAUCUGAGACACCACCACCUGAGAUUUCACCAUCCGAGACCCCACCACCGGAUAUUAUAGACCCUGAGAUUCCGCCUCCAGAGAUUAUAAUAGAUCCAGAGAUUUCACCAUCCGAGAGUCCACCACCCGAGAUUACACAACCUGAGACUCCACCACCAGAGAUUAUAAUAGAUCCUGAGAUUCCACCCUCCGAGACUCCACCACCAAAUAUUAUAGAUCCUGAGAUUCCACCAUUUGAGACUUCACCACCAGAAAUUCUAGACCCCGAAAUACCACCACCGGAUAUUAUAGUUCCCGUGUUUCCACCAGAUAUAUUAGUCCCCGUGUUUCCACCAUCUAAUACUCCACCACCGGAGCUUAUAGACCCAAAGACUCCAUCACCCGAGACCCCACCACCAGAGACUCCACCACCUGAGAUUAUAGACCCAUCACUCGAAACUCCACCUCCGGAGAUUCCACCACCCAAGACUCCACCACCAGAGAUCCUACCAACGCUUCCUCCAAACACACCCCAACAAAAUCCUCCAUCAGAGACUCCACUACCUGAAAUUAUAGACCCAUCACUCGAAACUCCACCUCCAGAGAUUCCACCACCCGAGACCCCACCGCCAGAGAUCCUACCAACGCUUCCUCCAAACACACCCCAACAAACUCCUCCAAACACACCACCAGAAACUCCUCCAGACACACCAUCACAGACUCCACCUACACUUCCACCAAACUCACCACCGAUGGCUCCUCUAGGUACACCAACGCUACCUUCACCAACGUUUCCACCAAACAACUCACUACCCCCUCCUCCUUCAAGCUCCCCACCACCGCCCCGGUCUCAAAUACCACCACCAAUUCCCCCACGUGGCAUAUGUCCCAGGAAUGCCAAUCAAAUAAGGUCAUGUUCCAAUAUCCUAAAAUUUUUUGGUAACUUCCUAGAUUUUCGAUUGGCAAAGCCAUGUUGUACCCUCAUUCGCGAUCUAUCCGAUGCUCAAGCAGCUGCUUGCCUAUGUGAUUUGGUGAGAGCACGACGUUCCACUCUUUCUCCCAAUAUCAUUAUCCUCUGUAGGGCUUGUGGCCGCAGGAUUCCGAGAGGCUUCACCUGCCCANCUGAUCCUACAAGCUACAACCAUGUUCAAGCCAAGCCGAACUUUAAAAAUUAA